AUGGAUCUUGAGAGCUACGAGCAGUUCCCAGAUAUCGAUAGUCUAAUCUUUGAACUUCUCACCCUGAAGAGAACGCCUGAAAAGCUUAUGGAUUGGGUUUCUUUGCAAGACAGAUUCAACGCAAUUCGUGGGGAGAAUGAGGUUCUCUCAGGGGUAAAAGAUGCUUUUGACGAUGAAAAUCAAGGUAAGCAGGAAGAAUCGCCACUUCCUGAACAAUGGUCAUCUCAACCGCCAUUACCAAAUGCGAAUGUCUCUCAAGCUCAACACGUUUCUGAGAACGAGAAUAAUGCUGCGCACCAUUCAACGCAAGCCAUCGCGCCUAAAUACUCCCCCCAUCAGCCAAUAAUUCAAUAUGCUACGCCUGUUCCAGCACACCAACAGCACUUUGAUAUAUAUCGGUGCCAAUGCAAGCAUGUGACGGUACGGGGUUAUCGGUUCCCAAUUACCACCCAAGUUAUCAAGCUCUCGAAUAUAUUUCACCCGUUCAAACUCAAGUUUCUCACCGAACAAUUCGUUUACAGUCUCCACCACUUUAUCCGCAAAUUCCUCCACCAUCGCCUCAGCUAUUUUCUCAAAACAACGCCCCACGCCGUCAAUCUCCUACCCCACAACCCCCGCUACCACCAUCCAUUUAUUCUUCGAAUCUAGAGAUUGCUUCAUCCCAACCUCCACAGUAUAUCCAGGAGCAAGGGCAAAUGUGGCAGACUGCCAUUCAGCCAACUUCCCAAAUGACUCCCGACCAGCCUCAGAAUAUACGACCUGCUCUACAUCGAGCUCCACAACGGCAUCUUGAAAACGGUCAACUCGCACAGUCACCCCCGGAAGACGACUACACUGCGGAAUUCGAAAGUGAGGAAUUUGAUAUAAACGAGCCAUCAGAGGAUCCUACCGAAGAUUACGUUUCUCUAACAAGAUUUGAUAUAAGCGAAGAGGAGAAGCGGAGCGCUUUGCGGGCAGCUCGUCAAAGAGGUGAAGCGACGUCCAGACAAAUCAAGGAUCCGUUUUGGUCAGAAGAAGAGUGA